CGCUGAUAGAUUUGACCUUCACUGCCCCCCUGCAGGUACUCGCCCACCUUUGCCCCUCAUUUUCCUUGUAUAAACCUGGAAGUAUUUUCAGCGCUUUCAGACACUUGACCUCUGUCUUCCUGGUGUUGGUCUCACUGAACUAAAUCCCUUUCUGGUUUCACCACUGUCUGUCUGCCUUUGGAUUUUUAUCAGUGGCAAGUGGCCAGAACCUGAUCUGUUUGGGAUCCCCAGAACCAGGUGCUCUUGCAUCCCUGUGCACCUGCUAGAAUCUCAGCGGUACUGUUAGAGUAAUGUGGGUGAUUAUCAUUGUCUUCUCUCGCUAGACUGGGGACGCUAUCAGAAUAGUGAUGACGUCUGUUUUGCAGAAUCCCCAGCACUUAGUACAAUGCUUGCCACAUAAGCUCUUCAAUUGUGUUGAAUAAAUAAGGACGGAGACCCAAAUUUUCCGAUUCAUUCUAGAUUUGACACCUAGGCUGAGGAAAAACAUGUUACAGUGAUGCAGAAGACAGAAUAAGGGAACUCCUCUAAGAUAAUGGCAUAAAUUUCAAAGGACUAGACAUCGCUGCGCAGAGAUCGCUGGAGCAGCUCAGAACGAUUCAGUCUAGGACACGACUUCCACUGAGGAUGUAACCAGUACUGACGAUUCAUACGCAGACCAACCACUGUCGCCUAAAUACUAGGGCCGCAGUUUUGUCCCUCUCUUCCGUACAAUGGCCCAAGAUGGCGGGGCCCGUGAUUGAGAACCAGAUUCAAGAUGGCGGCUUCCGACUUCCCAUGCGGCGUAGCGCGUGAUACCGGGGCCACGCCCACUUCCGGCUCCGCGACUUCAGCAUGGCUGCUUUAGGUACCCUGCUUUUGACAGGUGUCCGGAAGCUGCACAGUAGCGUGGCGGCUCGGGCGGGCAGUCAGUGGCGACUCCAGCAGGGCCUGGCUGCUAACCCCUCUGGCUACGGGCCCCUUACGGAGCUCCCAGACUGGUCUUACGCGGAGACGAGUUGUACUGCUGUCACAGGAAAUGGAUGCUGGCUUACAGGCAUGGCAGCUCAGGCAGCAGAAGUUGCAGGAAGAAGAAGGGAAACAGAAAAACGCUCUUAA